UUGAUCAGCCCCUCACGCAGAAACCAUAUUUAUACCAUUCAACAGUCUCCGCCAUUACUCACAUUGGUACUGUCCCGGUCGUUUUGCCAUCGAAGAGGCUCGAUUCGCUCGAGCGCAUCAGCCGGUGUCGUUUCGAACUAUAUCUCAGCGACUCUUCAAUCUUGCAUACCUUGCUUCAAGGUGGACUCAAACCCUGAUUCGUACCAUCACGCACCGCGACUUCACUUACUUCACUGACGUCAGCCCAGUCAAUACAGAAAACCCGCGACCUCGGCUCAGCAUGAGAACUCUCUUCGCCGCGGUUCUCAUCUGCAUCGUAGUGACAAUGUGUGACAGCGGCGGUGUCGCCGAGGCGACGAUUUCCUGAGCCCUGCGACGGAAACGGCGCUUCUCGCGUUCAAGUCGUCUGUCGGCCUGACCGACGCGUCGUGGGCGGCGGGGCAGGCGUGCCUGCCGACGGACGCGGAGCCGGGCGUCACGGCGGGAUGGACGGGACUCACGUGUGAUGAAGACGGCAAUCCCGAGGCAAUAAUUCUGCCCAAUCUCAACCUCCAGGGGUCCAUUCCGCCCCAGAUAGCGACCCUCGUUACACUCACCGCCAUCGAGAUGAACAACAACUCCUUCCACGCGCGCCUCUCCGACUUCGUUGGCAACCUGCUCGCCCUGCCCAACCUCAAAAACGCUGAGCCUGUGCGAUAACUACCUCUUAUGGGCCCCAUCCCAGCGUCACUUCUCAACAUGCCAAUCUUAAACAAUCUUCUUCUCACCAAAAACUUUCUCUCGGGAGUCGUCCCUCCCUUCUCCUGGCUCCUCUCUCAAGUUCCUCUUUGCUCAACGGCAACUUUCUCACCGGCCGCCUUUCCCUGCGUCUCAAGCGGCCUACUCGCAUGCUCCUCCUCCCACAACUGCUUCAGCGACAGCAGCCGGUGCCGCACGGACGGGGUCGCGACUCAGAGGAGCGCAACGGAGUGUGCCAUCUGCGGGGGCGGGAUUGGUGUGCAGCAGCCGUGUGGGGCGCAGGGGGUGUGCGCACCUGUGGUGAUGACGCUGCAAGCCAGCACGGCACAGAAGGCUGGAGUUGAAGUGCCUCGGUGGCAGCAACCCAGGAGGGGGAGGCGGUGGAGGAACCACCCCCCCGGUCAGCAGGCCCCCAGCAUGCAAGAACCAGAGGAACCCGUGCAAGCCCAGCCCGUGUCGUCGGCCCAAGCGCUGCAUCCGCACCAACUCGUGCAAGGGCAGGGGCUACCGCUGCGGGUGAUUUGCCGGCGCAGGACCUAACCACAUGUACCACCUACUGAUGGUUGAUGUUCUAGUAUGUACUAGGGAAUGUAAAUAGCUAGUACUUGACAGGAGUGCUCAGCUCUGUGUGCAUUGAAAAUUUUCAGGGGGGUUGUACCCUUUUUUGGGCGAUAGCAC